AUGGUCAUGAAGAACAAGCGGCAUGGGAUCGAGUGCGACGUGUGGUCUGUGGGUGUCAUGACGUACGCCCUGGUAGGCGGGCGGCUUCCCUUCAACGCGGAAGACCCCGCGGCACUUCAGCACCAGAUCAAGUACUCGCAACAGUCCUACGCAGAUGAGACGUGGAAAGGCGUGUCGGCGCUGUGCCGAGACUUUAUCGACAAGUGCCUGCACAAGCUCCCGAAGAAGAGGAUGACGGCGAAGCAAGCGCAGCUGCACCCGUGGAUCAGGAAGGCAACCAAGGAGAUGGAGGGGGCCCCGCUAAGCAAGGAUUCGAUGCUCGCCUUGGUCAACUUUCAAAAAACAAACCUAUUCGAGAAGGUGGCUCUUGAGCUUGUCGCGUACUCGUACGAGCCGUCUCAGAUCAAGGACUUGGAGUUGCGUUUCCGAGAGAUGGACAAGACGGGCAGGGGGUUUGUGACGCUCGCGGACUUCAAGGCCGCGGUCAUGGAGCUGAGACUCUCCAUCGCUCAGAAAGAACAGGGGGGCAAGAGUGACUUAGAAUCGGGCGUUGCAGCAGCAGCAGCAGCAGCAGGGCUGGGCGAGAAGCCGGCGGGGGGGGAGCCAACGAACCCGGAGGUAGUGGCACCAAGCAACGGCAGACCGGUGGGGGGGGGAACGGAUAGUCGAGAAGAUGCAGAAGAAACACGUGCAGCCGUGGCACCAGCGCCUCCUCCUCCUCCUCCCGCUGCUGUCACCGCGCCCGACGAAGAGAGGCCGGUAGCGGCAGGGGCAGAAGAGGGGGCGACGAGAGAGGAGGCGGUUGUUGGAGACGCGGAGGUAACGGGUGAUAGUGGCACCAGCGGUGAGGGGGGGGCGGCGAUAGCGAUAGCGACAGAAGACAACGGCGAGAGAAUAGAUGGCCCGACGGCAGAAGGGGAGGAGGAAACAACGGCGGAGGCGGAGGCGGAGCGAAGAGGGGAGGAAGAGGCGAGUGGCGGGGUGGGGGCUGGUUUGAGCGCCGGGGCGGAGAGCGAGCAGCAGCAGCCUCAGCAGCAAGAGCGAAGAUCCACGACGACGUCGUUGGUGUCGAUGGAGGAGGUCGGUGCGCUCGUGAGCGGGCUAAGCGGCAAGGGCUUGAGCGCAGACUAUCCUCUGGACCCGUCCGAAAGACGGCUGUACCGCAAGCAGAGCAGCAGGUCGCGCACCAUUGGAGGCCUGGAUGAGGAGGGGGUGGAGCGUAUCUUCGAGGCGAUUGACGUGGACAAGAGCGGCGAGAUCAGCAUCACCGAGUUCGUCGCGGCUUCCCUGGCGAAACAGCAGAUCAACACCAGGGCCAUCAAGGCUGCCUUCAACCGACUAGACUACGGCCGGACGGGGCUGAUAACGGCGGCGGACAUGAGCAUGUACCUGGGUGAGACCUUCGACGAGAGCAAGAUGCAGCAGUACAUGAGGGAGGUCUCCAGCCGGGAGGAUGGCUUGGUGGGUCUGCUUUUUCGUCGCGGCAGGCGCAGCUCUCUCGUCUCGUUAUUCCUCGACGACAAAGAACAACGACCUUAA